AUGACGUUCAUUUCCACGGUACGGCAACGGUUCCGCUCCUUAACUCGGUGUGACUCGAUCUUCGAUGUCGUCCUUAUAAAUCACGCCAUACUGAAGCUGUUCGGAUUAACAAUCUACAGUGUACAGAAGCGAUCGGAUGGUUAUAAGACUACCAUCACACCAACAGAUUUAUUAGCUCUGUUGCGACUGCUGGUUAUGGAAGGGUUCGUGUUUUACGUGUGUACCUUUACUAUGGGAAGAAUACAACCGACCGGAUCUAACAUAAUGGACAACGCAAUACGGUACAGCUUUCUAUUGAGCUCGUUUCUAAUUAGUGCACUAUCUAUUGGAAACUAUCUCCGCUAUGGACAAAUUUGGAAUGUUUGGGAAAAACUUGAUCGGUUCGAUCAGCGAGCAAUCGAAAUGAACGCUCCAAUUGAUCACGGAAGCCACAAACGACAACUCCUACAGUCGAUCGCUUUCAUUUGGUUCAGUUGUAUUCUGCUGGCGGUGCUAGGCAAUGCGGCGCUUUCGGUUGACUACGGAACGUUGACCGUUCGGUUGGCGAUUGUGUUCUCCUUUUUUUGCUUCAAUAUUCCCUUUGGUUUGAUCAAUAACAACAUUUUCUUCACCUGCCAGUUGGUGUACCGCCGGUUGGAACACAUCAACGAAGUUUUCGCAGUGCAUUUUCUGCCGCCGAAGAAACUCGGCUUGAUAAUGCUGAACGAGCUGCCGGAUAUAAAAAAUGAACACUGGGAUAAAACUAGUCUCUUGCAGAUGUUGGCCACACAGUGGGAUGAAAUGGGACAGGUAACCAGAAUGAUCAAUUCCGCCUUUUGGGGUCAAAUCGUUUACAUUUCUACUACCAACAUGAUGGUGAUGACGUUAAGUGAGUUUUCCUUCUACCGAACGUUGAUCACUGAAGAUAAACGGCAGCGUAUGAUGGCUGAAAUAUAUCUACAGAAUGGCUUGUUUUAUGAAAUUAUGCUGGUCGCGGUCAUCGGGACGUUUGAUGCCAUCAAGCGACAAGCAGAGAAGACAGCAGUUUUGGUUCACAAAGCAACACGAGAGGUGGAAAAUCUCCGUCUCCAGGACGCUCUACAAUAUUUUUCUCAACAGAUUAACUACAGACCGAUUGUGGUGAGCUGUGGAUAUUUUGUGUGUGAUUGGACUAUGGGUAUGAUGAUCAUCGGGACCGUCGCUUCAUAUGUGGUGAUACUGGUUCAAUUCGAUGAUACGCUAGGACUGGCAAUGAAGAAACGACCGUGA